AUGCAAGCACAAACUAAACUUACAAUCCAUCACAAGCGUCACACAUCACUUGCGUCACAAUCCUUUUUAAAAGAGUACCAAUUAUCCCAAUUACCGAUCCUUUUUAACCCUAAAAUUAUCGAAGAAAACUCCUCUUCAAACUCUACGACAAGUGGAGCCUCUUCACCCCAUCUCCGACUCGAAUGUGAAGAAACCUUAGAAGGUCUCAAUUUUCCUAUACAAAAUAUAUCUCUUUGUGAGAAUAUUAUAAUUUAAGCCACUUAUUUAAAAUAUAAAUAGCAAUAAUAUUCUUUUUAUGCAUUAAUUAUAAGCUAAUUUAAAUGUCCAAUAGUAGUUUUUAGCUGAUUUGGUAUAUAAGUACUUCUUCAUUCAUAGAUGACAUUAAUGGAAUUCCAUCAUUUGACUGUGGAGAUAUAGAAGACUCGAAUUUUCAUCCUUAUAUAGCUUUUCCAUCUUAUUAGAUCAUUAUUGGCAUCUAUUUUAAUUAAUGGGAUGGCAGUCGCUUAUUCAAAUUAAUUUUUUAGGUUUUGAGAUGCCUAAUUAGACCAAAAAUACAAGAAAAAUGUCCUGAGCCAUUUUUUCGCCUGUCUUGGCAGUAGUGGUCUAUUACAGUAGAUAUACUAUACAUUAUGAAAACCACAAAAUAUUGACUAUAUGCUCGAUAUGCUAGAAAAAGAACAAAAAUAUUUACCGAACCCUUAUUGUUUUGAAGCUGCACAACCAUAUAUAAACCCGAACAUGAGAGCACUUUUGCUUGACUGGAUGAUGGAGGUUUCUCAUGAAUUUAUGCUAAAACGAGAGACUUUUCAUAUGGCCUUAUCGUUUGUUGAUAGAGUGCUGUCGAAAUGUCAAAAAAUAAAAAAAGAAGAAUUUCAGCUUGUAGGAGCUGUUUGUCUGGAUAUUGCUUCAAAAAUUGAAGAAAUUUAUCCGCCAAAAUUAAGUGAUUGGGCAAGUUCUUGCAAUAAUGGGUAUACUUAAAAUAAAUUAAUUUGGCUGAAUAAUAAUAAAUUAAUACCAAUUUUUAUGUAAAAAUAUUUUACAAUUCAAGAGUGUUUCCUUGAAUAAUAAAUUAUAGUAUAUUCUAUUAAAGCUCUCAAAAUAACUGAGAAGUUUAUCCUGCAACAAUUAAGCUGGCUGACAUUUCCAGCCACAAGUUACAAUUGAAUAAACUGGCUAAUGACUCAAUGGGAUGAUUUCAUAGAUUUUCAUUUUUCUUGUGUUACCUUCAACUCCUCCAAAGAUUUUGACGACCUGCCCCCUCACCAGAAAAAAAUCCAGAAAAAGCUAUAUGAAAAAAGAUUUAUCGUAUUUAAGCACAAAAACAGGCCAGCAUAUAAAAGGCUCAGAGAUACUUUACAAGUUCUAGACACGGCUUCUUUAGACUCAGAAAUCAUGAAAUUUCCUCCACGGGUCCAAGCUAGUAGCUUACUUUAUCUAAUGAUAAGCAAGUUUUUCUAUGAAACUAAUUACAACCUACUUUAUUAUGACGGCCCAGGCUCAGAUCUGCAAUCUGAAGACUCUUUUGACGUGGAAGAAUUUUCAAGCGACUCUCAUAUUGAAAGCGCUUCUAUUGUCCAAGACCUUUAUGCUGGAUUUAUUUCCUCUGCCUUAAAUAUACAGAAUAUUGAAGAAAUUUACCACUCAAUGAUUUUUUUCCACCCUUAUAUAGAAAUUGAGACUUCUUAUGAUUUCCCAAUUGCAGCAAAAAUUCAAGGGAAAGAAAAAAUCGAGAGCCAUUAUGAAGAAUUCUUGAGUUUUCAGACUUAUAAUGCGGAUGCGGUAAAAAUUGUAACACAAAAGCUGAAAGCUGGACUAUAG